AUGCACAUCCUGGUCUUCGGAGGCACAGGCGCCUGUGGCAAGGCAUUCAUUCUAGAAGCACUCCAUGCUGGCCACGAGCUGACACUCUAUGCUCGCAACCCUUCCAAGUUCUCGAGCGAGACUACGGAGAAUUCGGGUGUGCAUGUCGUGAAAGGAGAAUUCACCGACAUCGAUGCGCUGAGGAAGGCACUUGACUUUGGUCCAGAAGUGCUCGUCUCCUUUGCUGGACCAAUGGUGCCAAGCAAGGGGAUGCUCGAUCCGCCGCUGCUUCGUGCUCUCAACAGCAUCCUAUAA